AGAAGCCAAAAAAUUAACGGACAAAAGCAAAAGGCAGAAUUAUAAAAAUAAAAGCUUAUUAAUAAGAGGGUAAGACCCCCAGAUAGAAUUUAAGAAGAAACCGCAUUUUGUGCUAAUGGCAGUGCACACGGGACAGGAGAAGAAGAAGAAGAAGAUGACGAUGAAUCUUAUUUAUUAUUGAACUUCAUCAGCUUGAAGAAGAAGGCGACCCAUUUACCAAAAGGCCCUUUCUCCUUUUUUUCUUUUUCUUUCUCCUUCUCCUUUCUCUCCCCACAUACAAAAGUACAGCUUCUGGAUAUUAUCGAUAUCUUAAUCUUUUUUUAAUUGAAAAAUUGUCGUUUUUUUAUGUAUAUAAUCUUGUUUAUAUCGAGACAGUGCUGCCCCUGAAUUUGCUCUUCCCGAUCCCCCAUUUCCUUCCAAUUUCACCCUCUUCCAAAAAGUUCGUUUCCUAAUUCAUACAUGCACUCGCCUCUCUGCUUUUUCUUUAUAAUCCAAUCUCUUUUAUUAUAAUUCUCUCGCCUUCUGGAUCUGGGGAGACUUCUUCAACACAAUUCAAGGAGUCAGCAGCUUAAUUUCAUCUGAGAUGCCAUUAAAGGGGUUAGUACGUGAACUUAAGGAGAUAAGAGCCGACAUAAGCUCAUCAAUAUCCAUCGGUAAAAAGUUAACCGGACAGGGAUUACGGCGCCGUGGGAGAGCACACAUUGCUCCGGAGAGUAGCGGGUCUGAAAUAUCAUUAAGUUUAGAGGUGAUCAGUGAUCAAAGCCCUUGGGCAAAUUUGCCACCCGAACUGCUUCAUGACAUAAUUCAGAGAGUAGAGGCCAAUGAAACGACAUGGCCUGCUAGAAGAGAUGUUGUAGCAUGUGCAUCGGUUUGUAAGUCUUGGAGAGAUAUUACUAAGGAAAUUGUUAGGACCCCUGAACAGUGCGGUUGGCUUACUUUUCCCAUCUCACUAAAGCAGCCGGGGCCAAAAGAGGCUCCGAUUCAAUGCUUUAUUAGGCGGGAACGAGCGACUUCAACAUAUCAUUUAUAUCUUGGCUUGAGCCCCGCUCUAUCUGGUGAUAUGAGCAAACUCUUAUUAGCAGCCAAGAAGAUAAGACGGGCUACAAGUACUGAUUUCCGAAUAUCAUUUGUUGGAAAUGAUUUCUGUCGCACAAGCAGUACUUAUGUUGGAAAACUGAAGUCUAAUUUCCUUGGAACCAAGUUCAUGGUUUAUGACAGUCAGCCUCCACACCCAACAAUGCAAUCCAAUUGUAAGCAACCGAGAAAAAUUCAUCCAAUCCAGGUGUCAACAUUGGUGCCUACUAGAAAUCAUCACAUGGCUACUGUUUCUUAUGAGCUUAACGUCCUUCGAACCCGAGGCCCAAGGAGAAUGCAGUGCACUAUGCACUCUAUCCCUGUCUCUGCUGUUCAAGAAGGAGGAACCGCCCCUACUCCUACAGAAUUCCUUUGUAAUGAUGGACAACUUCCUUUAUCAUCCAUUUCAAAAACAAAGGAGCCAGUUAUUGAGUUCAGCUCAAAUAGCCUUUCUGAAUCAAUUCCACCAAAUUGUAGCAGUCAAGAUCCCUUGGUUUUGAAAAACAAAGCACCCAGAUGGCAUGAACAACUACAAUGCUGGUGUCUAAAUUUCAAAGGACGUGUCACAGUUGCCUCUGUGAAGAAUUUUCAAUUGGUGGCAGCUAUCGAGCCUAACCAAAAUUUGCCAGCAGAAGAACAGGAAAAAGUUAUUCUGCAAUUUGGGAAGAUUGGGAAAGACAUCUUCACCAUGGAUUAUCGCUACCCGCUCUCUGCCUUCCAGGCGUUUGCAAUCUGCUUGAGUAGCUUUGACACUAAACCAGCUUGUGAAUGACAACUCCAUUUUGUCAUCCUGAGCCAAACUUGCAAUAUUCCUUUCUGAAAUUUUGUUGUAUAUAUUCUCUUUGAAGGAGUCACUUUAGGAGUUGCUUCAUGCCAUUGUUUCUGCUGGUGCUUUCAUGUCCAACAUAAGUUGCAGAAUUUAUUUAUUUGCAGAAAUGUAGUAUCAGAAAAUCAUAUACCCAAAUUGCAAUUGUGUAAUUUCUUCAUAUAUAGAGAAUUCACUUUCAUCUU